UUUAUAUCAUUUGAUUGUAUCACACAUAUUUUUUCAGUCUUCGAGGACAAUAAGAUAAAAAAAUUAUCUGCGACUAAAUGGGUUUGUAAUUAUUCCUGACACGUACGAUCUCGAUCAAUCGACCCUGCAAACGUGUUUACGUGUACAAAGCCAUUGUCCAAUAUUUGUGUAACAUCUCUGCAGGUUCAAAACAUCGUUUAUUUUGAGAGCGAGGCGAAGUUUGAUAAAUAAAAAGCAAUGGGACAGGAUAAAGUAUUUAUCAAAAAGCAGAGAUGGUAUUUAGGUGGAAUUGCUUCUGGGAUGGCUGUCUGCGUUACACAUCCGUUGGAUUUGUUAAAGGUCCAUCUUCAGACACAGCAAAAAGUCCAAACAGGAUUGGCAGGAAUGGCUGUGAAGGUUGUCAAAUCAGAUGGUGUCCUUGCACUGUACAAUGGUCUAUCAGCUUCAGUUUUGCGACAGCUGACCUAUUCUACUGUUCGGUUUGGUAUAUAUGAGGUUGGAUCCUCAAAACUGAGAAAAGGAAAUGAGCCAUUGCCAUUUCACAAGAAGCUCAUUGUUGGGGCCUUUGGAGGAUUUAUUGGGGGUUUUGCUGGAAAUCCAGCAGACAUUGUAAAUGUCAGAAUGCAAAAUGACAUCAAAAUAGCUCCAGAACUUCGAAGAAAUUACAAGCAUGCAAUUGAUGGUGUCUACAGAAUUGCAAAAGAGGAGGGCAUUUCAAUGUGGAUGAGAGGUGUAACCAUGACGUCAACACGAGGAAUUAUGAUCACUUCAACUCAGGUUGCCUGUUACGAUCAAAUUAAAGAAACUUUACUUCGGACAGGUUAUUUUCGAGACAAUAUCAUCACACAUUUUACAUCAAGUUUUUUGGCGGGAACAAUAGCGACAGCUGUCACUCAACCAUUUGAUGUAAUGAAAACAAGAAUGAUGAAUUCAACUGAAUAUAAAAAUAUUUUUGAAUGCUUUUGGCACACAGCAAAGCUUGGUCCAAUGGGAUUCUAUAAGGGUUUUAUUCCAGCAUGGAUACGUCUUGGUCCUCACACAAUUGUAACUUGGUUAAUACUGGAACAACUACGCAAAUUAUUUCCUUUGUGAAAAUAGUAUUACCACUAGAACUAUGUCAGAAAAAGGGAGUGUUUUUUAAAGUUAAUCAUAUAUCCUAACCAAAUCAUAUAUAUUUGUAUUAACACAGACAUUUCAAUCACCAUACUCCACAAACUUGACCAAAACAAUAUUAUCAAACAUAUCCCCCCUUUCAAUGUUGAGCUUUUAUUGAAAAAACAUCUAUGGAUCUUCAUAACAUCAGUUGUAACAUUGCAAUUGUAGUGUAAAUCUGGUCAUUUUUAAGUGUUAUAUAUGGAUUUGUUUAGCUGACAGUAGUCGUAGCUAGACAAGAUUAGAUUUGGGGUGAGGAACAACAUAUUUUUAUAGUUCUGUUUUUUGAGGUGGACAUUAAAUAUCUAAGGCAGUGCAAAAACAUUAAGAGGGAGCUAAAUACCUUUGGGGAAAAGUGUACCACCAUAAAAUAUGAAUGUUUGGUG